AUGCUCAGCUCUAUGGGAAUCAAUUGUCCAACUCUAUGCCAGUACUGUAAUGCUGGGCAAGAGGAUAUUGAUCACAUCUUCUUCGUCUGCCCAAAUGCUGCCCAAUUUUGGAAUGCCAUCAGGUCCAAAUCUACAUCCCCUCCUCCUACAAACCCACUAAACAGCACCCACCUCUGGCAGACAGACAACAAUGUGUUCAACAAUAAAAGAGAGCUUAUCAAUGCUAAGAACACUAUUGCCAAAGCCACUGAAUUCCAACUGCUCAAAGGGAGCAGCAACAAUACAUGUACACACCAAAUGAUGCUCAAAUGGGAACCCCCACCCAGGGGUUGCUUCAAACUAAAUACAGAUGGUGCAGUCAAAGGCAAAGUUGGAAUAGGUGGAAUAGGUGGAAUAGGGGGGAUCUUUAGAAACCACAAUGGUGACUGGAUACUGGGUUACAUGGAAAACAUCCCUUAUACAUCCAUUCUAGAAGCUGAAUUUCGAGCACUCAUAAAAGGACUCCAGCUCGCAGAGCAAAACAACCUUCUACCACUACAUAUAGACACAGAUUCUGUAGAAAUAAUUGGCAUGUUAACAGAAGGUAAUUUGAUAUUUGACCCUCUAAUUUGUGAAUGCAGGUUGUUGAUUCAAAGGAUGGGCAGGGUGGUGGUAAGACACGCGUUCAGGGAGCAAAAUAGAGUUGCUGAUGCACUGGCAAAGGAAGCAGUAAAAAAAACAUUUUGGAACAGAUCUGUAGUUUUGGCAGUUCCUCCGGUGUUUGUCAAUGAUAUAGUGUGGGUAGACACCCUAGGAACUGAAUUGCCUAGAUUAUUUUUGGGUUGUAAUAUUGUUGAUACUAUACUGCACAAUAUUGCCGAACUAGGUACCCAACGGUACCACGUAGCUCUAGUGUAA